GGAGGGCCUGUACUCUGUUGCUGUUGCCGAUCUGCAAUGUCUGCAAGAACGAUCCAGUAAGAGGCUGUACGAGCUGCGGGUGCGUCGAGUGUGGUGGUAAGGGCGACAGGGAACGCAUGCUUGCGUGUGGCAGGUGUGAACGAUUCUUCCACAUGCGCUGCCUUGAUCCGCCACUUAUCACAGUGCCCGAUGGGGAGUUGUUUUGCCUCGACUGUUUCAAUAAGAAAGAUCUAAUGAGGGACAAGAAAACGCUCAACAAGUCGACAUGCAAGGCCAAGAUCCUGUCGGCGACCAAAACAGAGAGAGUUGGCAGCGGCACAGCGUGUGCUGGAAGAUCCACAGAGUGCGCCAUCGUUGACAAAAAUCACGCUGGGCCAAUCCCAGGCGUCCAUGUUGGCCAGUCGUGGCGCUACCGUAUCCAUGUGUCCAAGUCUGGAGUCCACCGGCCGCCAGUCGGCGGCAUCGCUGGCAAGUCGUCGACGCCAGCUGUCUCGGUUGUACUGGCAGCCGGUUACCCGGAAGACGAGGAUCACGGCGAGGAGUUUAUAUAUACCGGGUCAGGCGGUUACAAUCUGUCUGGCAGCAGGCGCACACCCAAGGCCCAGGCAUUCGACCAGGAGCUGACCCGCCAGAACCUGUCUCUGGCACGCGCAUGCGCGGCACCAGUCAACGACGAUGUUGGUGCAGAGGCUGCCGAUUGGCGCAGCAGCUCGCCGAUCCGCGUGUGCCGCAGCUACAAGGUCGCCAAGAAGCAUCCUGAAUUCGCGCCUGCGGCGGGGGUGCGUUACGACGGCAUCUACAAAACCUACAAGUACAGGAAAGAGAGGGGGCACAGUGGCCCCUAUGUCUGGCGCUUCUGGUUCCGCCGCGACGACCCAGAGCCACUGCCGUGGACACCCGAGGGCAAGCAGCGUGCCAAGGAGCUCGGGCUCGGGCUGUACGAUCCUGAUGGCGCCGAUGCCGACAGCCGGAGCCACCCUUUGCACAAGCUGCUGCGUCGUCGUCGGUGCGCAUCCUGCCGAAUGCCGUGUUGCGUGAGCUGAUCCGUCUCGAUACUGCGAAUGACCGUAUCUGGACCAAGGUCCUGACGGCCAAGUACAU